GGAAACUGAGGCCGGCAAGGGGAAAUGGCAUGGCCACCUGAGCCAGGGAACCUAGGGUUGAGCUGGGGUCUGUCUUUACUGUCUCAGUCUCCCAGGGUUGAAAAACACCUUGAAGUUGCAUUCCCAGGAGCCUCAGCCAGGAGAGGCGUGUUGGUGAUACAGGUUGCUUCCAGUUCACUUUAUUCACCCAGCAGUGUGAUGACAACAGCACAUUUGAUAAAAUGACAUGCACUAGAAAUGAAAAACAGGAUCAGAGAAGAUACACUGGAAAAUGUGGACAAGUGAAAAGCUGAACCUAAAUAAAUACCAGGAAAAUGCCCACAGAAUUCUUUGAAGAUCCCCUGCCUGGGGCAGACCGACCACCAGAGCCGUCAGGCCUUCGUCUACAGAGCUACAUGUCGACCUACAAGCGGGCCACGCUGGAUGAAGAGGACUUGGUGGACUCGCUCUCCGAGGGCGACGGGUACCCGAACGGCCUUCAGGUGAACUUCCACAGCCCCCGGAGUGGCCAGAGAUGCUGGGCCGCGCUGACCCAGGUGGAGAAGCGGCUGGUGCUGCUGGUGGCACUUCUGGCAGCAGGACUGGUGGCCUGUGUGGCAAUGCUGGGCGUCCAGUACCAGACAAGAACCCCCUCGGUGUGCCUCAGUCAGGCCUGUGUCUCCGUGACCAGCUCCAUCUUGAGUUCCAUGGACCCCACAGUGGACCCCUGCCAGGACUUCUUCACCUAUGCCUGUGGUGGCUGGAUCAAAGCCAACCCCGUGCCUGAUGGUCACUCACGCUGGGGGACGUUCAGCAACCUCUGGGAACACAACCAAGCCAUCAUCAAACACCUCCUUGAAAACUCCACAGCCAGUGUGAGUGAAGCAGAAAAGAAGGCACAGGUGUACUACCGUGCAUGUAUGAACGAGACCAGGAUCGAGGAGCUCAAGGCCAAGCCGCUGAUGGAGCUGAUUGAGAGGCUCGGGGGCUGGAACAUCACAGGGCCCUGGGACAAGGACAAUUUCCAAGACAUCCUUCAGGUGGUCACCUCCCACUACCGCACCUCACCCUUCUUCUCCGUUUACGUCAGCGCCGAUUCCAAGAACUCCAACAGUAACGUGAUCCAGGUGGACCAGUCUGGCCUGGGCUUACCCUCCAGGGACUAUUACCUGAACAAAACCGAAAAUGAGAAGGUGCUGACAGGGUACCUGAACUACAUGGUCCAGCUGGGGAAGCUGCUGGGCGGCGGGGACGAGGAUGCCGUUCGGCCCCAGAUGCAGCAGAUCCUGGACUUUGAGACGGCGCUGGCCAACAUCACCAUCCCCCAGGAGAAGCGCCGGGACGAGGAGCUCAUCUACCACAAAGUGACAGCAGCCGAGCUACAGACCUUGGCGCCUGCCAUCAACUGGCUGCCCUUCCUCAACACCAUCUUCUACCCCGUGGAGAUCAAUGAGUCCGAGCCUAUUGUGGUCUAUGACAAGGAGUACCUCAGCCAGGUCUCCACCCUCAUCAACAACACUGACAAAUGCCUGCUGAACAACUACAUGAUCUGGAACCUGGUGCGGAAGACAAGUACCUUCCUUGAUCAGCGCUUUCAGGAUGCUGAUGAGAAGUUUAUGGAAGUCAUGUAUGGGACCAAGAAGACCUGUCUUCCCCGCUGGAAGUUUUGCGUGAGUGACACAGAAAACAACUUGGGCUUCGCCCUGGGCCCCAUGUUUGUCAAAGAGACCUUCGCCGAGGACAGCAAGAACAUAGCCAGCGAGAUAAUCCUGGAGAUCAAGAAGGCAUUUGAGGAGAGCCUGAGCACCCUGAAGUGGAUGGACGAAGACACACGGAGAUCGGCCAAGGAAAAGGCAGAUGCAAUCUACAACAUGAUAGGCUACCCCAACUUUAUCAUGGACCCCAAGGAGCUCGACAAAGUGUUCAACGACUACACGGCAGUCCCAGACCUCUACUUCGAGAACGCCAUGCGCUUUUUCAACUUCUCAUGGAGGGUCACCGCCGACCAGCUCAGGAAAGCUCCCAACAGAGACCAGUGGAGCAUGACCCCCCCUAUGGUGAACGCGUACUACUCGCCCACCAAGAACGAGAUCGUGUUUCCAGCCGGAAUCCUGCAGGCCCCGUUCUACACCCGCUCUUCACCCAAGGCCUUAAAUUUCGGUGGCAUCGGUGUCGUCGUGGGGCAUGAGCUGACUCAUGCUUUUGAUGAUCAAGGGCGGGAGUAUGACAAGGAUGGGAACCUCCGGCCCUGGUGGAAGAACUCGUCCGUGGAGGCUUUCAAGCGGCAGACCGAGUGCAUGGUGGAGCAGUACGGCAACUACAGUGUGAACGGGGAGCCGGUGAACGGCCGGCACACCCUCGGGGAGAACAUCGCUGAUAACGGCGGCCUCAAGGCGGCCUAUCGGGCCUACCAGAACUGGGUGAAGAAGAACGGGGCUGAGCAGACGUUGCCUACCCUGGGUCUCACCAAUAACCAGCUCUUCUUCCUGGGCUUUGCACAGGUCUGGUGCUCCGUCCGCACGCCCGAGAGUACGCACGAAGGCCUCAUCACGGAUCCCCACAGCCCCUCUCGCUUCCGGGUCAUCGGCUCUGUCUCCAACUCGAAGGAGUUCUCGGAGCACUUCCACUGCCCGCCUGGCUCCCCCAUGAACCCACAUCACAAGUGUGAAGUCUGGUGAGGGGCGAGGCACCAACAGCCAAGACGGAGGAGGGGGAGGGGCUGCGGAUGAGCCCUCAGGGUGGAGCCAACAAGGCCACCAGUGCCCAGGGUGUCGCCCAGCCCCUUGGCCCCCCCAGGGCCCCCUCCCCCGCACUGGAGGGUUUUCAGCCGGAACUGAGACUGAGCCUGUCAUGUGGGUUCUCAGUAUGACCCCAGAUUUGAUCCCCUGUGGAAACCCUGUCAUUCCAGGCACACGUACGUCAACUCUAAAGGGCAUUUGGGCGUCAGGCUGGUUGUUCACCAGGCCUGGGCCCCACGCUGACAAGGGUCGUGGACACAGCUCCACGCCCACAUCCAGUGCCAGAUACACCACAAAUACCACUGUGUCAAGUGCUUUAAAUAUAUAUUUUUGGGGGAAACUAUUUUUUAAACAUUGUGGAAUAUACACUGGAAACCUUCAGGGAAAUAAUGCAUUUAAAACACUUCUUUUUUUUUUUUCCUUAAAGGAAGGGAUUGGUAUAUUUAUUAUGUUCUGUUUUUCUAAAUAACCUGUGGACAAGGGAAGCCCCACCGAGUCACCCCCCUCUCCUCUUUACUCGUUGCAAGGUUGAGCUGAGGCAGCGGUCCCUGGGCCGCCGACCGGGCCCCCACACGGAGCCGCCUCAGCCCCUGGAGCGCACCAGGCGGCCUCCGUCUCCUGGUGUAGCAAGGAAAGGCGCGGAGGCCCGGCGGGGGAGGGGCCGCUCCGAGAGCCCCAGCUCAUCAGCACCACCUGUCUUAGUGUCCCUGCCUCUGUCCCCAGAGUCCAGCAGUGGGAGCCCCAGCAAGGAAGGUCUGAUCCCCAAAGUCACAGACGGGGACCAAUGACUGUAGCAGCAAGAGGCCAGGUCAGGGACCUCACACCCAGUCUGGGGUGCCCCAGCCCCCCAGGUCUGGACCGCAGAGCCCUGAGAGGCUGAGACGCACCCCCACCAUGUACUCACCUGUACUCUUUUUGUCCCUCCUCUUUUGGCCGCCCCAUGUCUGUCCUGGGGGACCUGUUGCACCUCUGCAGCAUCCCCCGCCCCAGCCUGGGCCUGGCUCCCUGGACCGCAGCCGUCCUGCUCUGUUCUCUAGUGCCUUACCUGAGGCUGCGGCCCUGGGCGCCCCCCCGGGGAGACGGCCCCUCACCCCCAGGGUCCCUUGGCCUCCUCAGUGAAGCCGCCAAGUAUCCCAACUGUAAUCUAGGGCCACGGCCCCUGCUCCCAGUGCCCACAACACUGCCUCUCACGCAGCACAGAGCUCGGGCCUGCAGGCCAGAGGCACCGAGGCCAGGGGUCUGAGGAGCCCCCAAACGUGCCCUGAGCGCCAUCCCACCCUCAGCCCCUUGGGUUGAAUCAGGACAAUGCUUGUAGCUAGAGGGACUCCUCUCCUUGGGAAAUGCUUUCAGCCCUGGCAACCCAGUCAGUCUGGCCUGUGGUGUCAGGGGCUGGGAAUGCUGUCCCCUCCCUGAGGUCACCGUUCAGAAGUUCCCCCAGGAGGAGCUGACUGGAGCCCCGCUCUGGUCCUCUGGGCAAGCAGCCGCCUGGGACUGAGGCAGGAGCCACAGGUGCCACCACGGCUCUCCCAUCUCGGCAGCCCGGGCCUGGCCAGGCCCCGCUCCCAGAGGCAGGCGCCUGCCUUGCCCAGGAAGCUGAUCCUCCUUGCCCAAGAGAAGCGAUGGCUCAGCCACUGCCUCGCCCACCUUCAGACCAGCCCCAGAGCUGGGAUGGGGGUGUGGGGAGUGGGCUCUCUGGUCCGUGCAAGCAACAGGCCUGGGAGCUCCUCGCAGGAAAGGUAGGGCAGGACCCAGGCGGGGAGCUAGAGUCAGGAGCCCGCCACGCUGAGUAGGCUUUUCCGGUCCUGGGCCCUCCGUGCCCUCCUGCCUCCCCACCUUCACCAUGGGUCACAGUCCUUGAGAGUGUCUGUCAGCGCCAUGGACUGGGACCUCCCAGCCAGAAGCAGGUGUCCUAGGGCUGAGGGUCCGGCCAGAAGGAAUGUAGUUUGCACUUGUUGCUUCCUGGUGUGCUGAGUGGUGGGAGCCUGGGGCGGCAGGAGGAGGAGGAGGAGGACCUAGCCCAGGAGGAUCACAGAGACCCCUCCCCUUAAGCCCAGGGAGCCAUUAGGCUGGCUUCUCUGCAGGUACCUGGACAUGGGGUUUAGAGCUGGGAAUCUAUUUUUUGUAUUACUAUGUUUCGUGCUACUGUAGUUUUGGUGUGGCACUAUUGUAAUUGAAAUAAAGUAAUUGUACUGAGGG